AUGUCUUCUCAACAAGUUCAGGAUGAAAUUUCCUCAGCUCGAUUGUUGCACGAGCAGGAGCUUCAGAUGCAGUAUCAAAACGACGUCGUUUUUGUCGCCCAGAGACGGGCGUUCAAUGCCUUUCGGAAUUGUUUCGGUAAGAAGGUGUCCAAGCGUCCUACUCAGCCACGCUCAUCGCCUUACUCUAUCGCGUUGAUUAAUUCUUCGGGAGACGUUGUUAAUAACGCUCAUAGCCAGGGGUAUGAUAUGAAUCUAUCUUCUGCACAAGCCAAGCAAACGAAGCCCAAUGUUUCUCUUUCGUUGGACUCGGCGUUUUCUGAUUUGCAUUGUAGGACAAGUGUGGACACAGAUAUCGACACUCUAACGCAGACUACCAAAACGUUCACAAAGCCUGUCUAUGAUACACCCCCGACAGUCCCUAGUCCAUUUGUAUGCCUUAGGAAGCACGCCGACUACCUCUGUACGAAUCAGUCGUCCUUCGUGUCCGAUAUACCGUUCAGUGGACGUACCGAUGCAAAUGUAAACGGUUUCAUGAAUGUUCGACAGGGCCUUGAAACUGAUACUGGCACCGGCCCGGUCGCAUCGUCACAAUCUUUUGUAGAUUUUAAUGCUAGUGGUUUCAUCGUCUAA